GUGCGGAGCAGCUGCCUCGACUCUCAGUCUCACUUGAGUCGUCGUUGGCUGAGGAAGCCUACCACAAAUCAUCUUACCUUACCCAACUCUUCCCUUUUUGGAAUAAUCUUCCUCUCUUAAAGCCAAUUUAUCAGCCAACAUUGUCAAUUCACCUUCCACCGAGAAAAAAAAACUCGAGCAAGUUUAAAGUGGAAAUUAGCAGCAAAAAAAAAGAAAAAUUGUGAAUAACAUUUUAGUCGUGAAAAUUUAGUGGAAAAAAAAGUGUUGUGUAGUGAAUUGCUAAAUGUGAGAUGAGUCUAUAAAAUACCAGCGUGUCCUUCACUUACAUUUUACUCAAAUUACUGUGAAUUUCACUUUAUAUAUCAAUCCCGCACACGAUUGUUGGAGGAUUUUGUAUUGUUACUUCCACUCCAUGGAUUUGAAUAGCACAAAAUCCCAUAACUCUGGAGCACUUUAAAUUUAUCAAUCUUCUCCGUAUUAGCUGCUAAAUCUUAGCUCCCAAUUUGCCGCAAUAUCUUAAUGCAGGUGAACCAAGGUUGGAUUUUCUGGAUUUAACUCGAAAAUUGAACAAGAUUCAGGAGCUGACAGAGAAUCUUGAGGUGCUCCUUGAGAGAUCAUUUUAGUGAGAGAUAAAAAAGAAAAAGAUAAUGGGGAUGCAGGUGAGGGAAAAUCUCACGGUGGAUCAGGGGCCAACAUUCACAAAUAGGAGUGGUAUUCACAUCUCAAAGCUCACUCUUGCAUUUAUUGUGGGUAUUUUUGUGUGUGGCAUUGUCGGUUCGGGAUUCCUUGUUUAUCACUUCAUCUCGUGCCCGAGAGAGCAAAAAUGUGGCCAAGGAGAUUUCUCAACGACAACAUCUCAUCCCACAACGGCCCAUCCCGAACCAAGAGUCACAGUUGCCGACUUCCUCCUACCAACUGCCCUCAAGCCCCUUCAUUACGAUCUCAAAAUUCAACCAUUUUUUGAAAGUAAAAAUUUCACUUUUGACGGUGAUGUUGCCGUUACAGUGGAGGUCCUUGAGGAAUGUAAAAAUAUCACCCUGCACUCGUAUGCACUGAAGAUCCCCGAGAAGGAAAUUAGGAUAACUGAGAAUGGUACUGAUAAGGAAAUUGGCGUUACGGGGACGUCAUAUGUGGAAAUGCAGCAUUUUUUUGUCAUUAAAACUUCGGCAAUGCUGCAAAAGGGAAAACUCUACAGGGUGCACAUGAAAUUCGAAGGGAUACUCAAUGAGGACAUGCAGGGCUUCUACAGGAGUUCCUACCACGUUGGCAAUGACACACGAUGGCUCGCUGCAACGCAAUUUCAACCCACAGAUGCAAGACGAACCUUCCCCUGCAUGGAUCAACCUGAUAUGAAGGCACGCUUUAGCAUAACAGUUGGAAGGCCAAAGAAUAUGAUUUCGCUAUCGAAUAUGCGGAGAGUGCGAGAAGCAAGUGUAGACAACAAUCCCGAUUACCUGUGGGACAUCUAUGAGGAAUCUGUGCCAAUGUCAACGUACCUUGUGGCAUUUGUUGUGUGUGAUUUUGCCCAUCAGACAGACCCAACGGGUACACUCAGUGUCUGGGCCAGGGAGGAUGCAAUCAAAUCCGCCAGCUAUGCCCUGCAGAUUGGGCCACGACUCCUCAAGUACCUUGAACGUUUCUUCAAUCUCUCCUACCCAUUGGACAAAGUGGACAUGAUUGCACUGCCAGACUUUAGUGCAGGUGCAAUGGAGAAUUUCGGUUUGAUAACCUACAGAGAGGCCACAAUGCUCUUUGAGGAGGGCAUUUCGGCGAUAAGUAAUAAACAACGCGUGGCUACGGUGAUAUCGCAUGAAUUAGCGCAUCAGUGGUUUGGGAAUAUGGUGACAAUUAAGUGGUGGAAUGACUUGUGGCUCAAUGAGGGAUUUGCCAGCUACAUGGAGUACCUUGGUGUGGAUGCCGUAGAGCCAUCGUGGAUGUCAAUGGAUUUAUUUGUUGUGAUGGAAUUGCAUGCUGUUUUCUCGCUGGAUGCUCUGUCGUCGUCACAUCCGAUUUCCGUGGAUGUGGCUAAUCCCGAUGAGAUUAGUGAUAUCUUCGAUAGAAUCUCAUACGGGAAGGGUGCAGCCAUUAUACGUAUGAUGGAUCACUUUCUCACAUCGGAGGUGUUUAGACGGGGUUUGAACACCUACCUCAAGACACUGAAGUACGGAUCGGCAACACAAGAUGACCUCUGGGGCUUCCUGACUGAUGCAGCUCGCGAAAGUGGUGUGUUCGACAAGGAGACAAGUGUGAAGGUCAUCAUGGACACGUGGACACUCCAGACGGGCUUCCCAGUGGUGUCCGUGGUACGAGAUUACGCUGGAGGUGGCGUUGAGUUGCACCAGAAGAGAUUCUUCUUGAUUAAUCAGACGGAUAACCAUCAGGAGGAUCCACUUUGGUGGAUUCCAAUUACAUUGACCACGAGUAGGGAGCUGAAUUUCACGGAUACAGCUCCUUCGCAUUGGAUGCGUGGUGAGAGGUCUGUUAAGUUGGAUGAUGUGCGCAUUGAUGCGACUGAUUGGUUAAUUAUCAAUGUCCAGCAGAGUGGCUACUAUCGAGUCAACUAUGACGAAGAGAAUUGGCGUGCAAUUGUUACAUACCUCAAUGAUCCAAUGAAAUUCCGUGAGAUUGCACCGUCAAAUCGUGCGCAACUCAUUGACGAUGCUCUCAAUUUGGCACGUGGUGGGUAUCUCAGCUAUGUGACUGCCCUCGAAGUCACGCGAUACCUUCAUCAUGAGACAGACUACGUGCCCUGGAAGACGGCCAUCAAUGGUUUGACCUUCAUUGAGUCGAUGCUACAGAAAACGGGACAAUUUGAACUCUUCCGCCGCUACUGCAUUCAUCUCCUUGACAAAGUCUACAACGAGGUGGGAUUUGAGGAUGUGAAAAAUAGCUCAAUGCUCACCGUGUACAAACGCGUGGACAUCCUCACUCUUGCCUGCCAUCUUGGCUACAGUGACUGCGUUGAUAGGAGUGUGGAGAAGUUCAAUAUGUGGAUUCAUGAACCGAAUCCCGACGUGCACAAUACGGUGUCGCCAAAUCUCAAAAGUCUCAUCUACUGCACUGCCAUUAGGAAUGGGGAUCAGAGGAUUUGGGAUUUUGCAUGGGAACGCUUCCAGAGGACACGUGUUGCCAGCGAGAAGGAGAUUCUCCUGUCGGCACUUGGAUGCAGCAGGGAACCGUGGAUUCUCAUACGUUACCUCGAUCGUUCACUAACUGAAUCCUACGGUAUUCGGAAGCAGGAUGUUUUUAGAGUAUUCGCCGCUGUUUCAUCAACUAACAUCGGACAAACUGUUACCUUUAACUACAUGCGCAGCAAUUGGGACCACAUUAGGGAGUAUUUGGGCUCAACAAUGGCAAAUUUAAAUUCAAUCCUCAAGUAUUCCACAAGACGCAUCAAUACGCCUUUUGAGCUUGAAGAAUUGAAACGCUUCACUGAUGAACAUUUCCGUGACUACGGGAGGUCAGUGAAGCAGGUCAUUGAGAGGUCAGAAGCGAAUAUUUCGUGGAUGAAGAGGAAUUUCAAAGUAAUCACAACAUGGCUCAGUAAUGUGACAAUGAGCUAAACACACGUGUGCCAAAGGAAACUACCCCCGCCCCCGCCAAAGACUGCGUCCCAUCAAGAUAAGAGAGCGUCUCAAGUGUGUCGUACUUAAAAAAAAAACUAAAGGGUAUUCCCGUGUUAUGAAAAGAAAAAAUAACUUCAAUGUAAAAAAAAAAUCUGUUGUCUCUCCAAUAAUCAAAUAAAUAUUUCUUCACAUAGAAA